AUGCUAGAGCUCGAUCUGGAUUCCAAAGAAAGUCUACAGAGGUCCUCAAGCGCAUUUUCCGAUGCCCCAACAGAGGAUGACCAGGAGAGAAGUGGAGUAUGUAUGUGGCCAUUCAAGAAGCUGUGUGACCAGUUUUGUGCCGAUGUCCUUGAUCCAUCGUGGGAAGUUCGCCAUGGGGCAGCAUUGGGUCUGCGUGAAGUCUUGCGAUCUCAUGCCGGCUCUGCAGCUGUGGACAUCCCGCUGGUGCAGGGCUCAACCUCAUGUGCUGUACCAGGCAAGGCAGGCGAGCAUGACCUGGAGGCCCUCACUGAGGAAAUGGCUUCCUCCAUCCUAGAUGCCAAUCAAUCCUGGGUUGAGGACUGUGUGCUUGUGUUGUUGUGUGUUCUACUGCUCGACAGAAUGGGGGACUUUGUGUCUGACUCGAUGGUGGCCCCCGUUAGGGAGACGGCAGCCCAGGCUGUUGGCACUGCCCUGCAGCCACUUCCAGUGUCUGGCGUGAAGGAGGUGCUGCGGUUGCUGCAAGACAUGGUGAACGCAUCAUCCUGGGAGGUUCGCCAUGGAGGUCUGCUGGGGCUGAAGUACCUGCUGGUUGUGCGCAACGAUGUGUUGGCGGACACCAUCCCGGUUGCUGUGUCUGCUGUGCUGAAGGGUCUGGGGGACACAUACGACGACGUCCGUGCAGCAGCGGCUGACGUGCUGGUGGCUGUGGCAGAAGACUUAACCACUCAGGUCCCACAGGUUGUGGAUUCCCUGCGGCACACACUGUGGGAGAUUCUCCUAGACAUGGACGACCUCAGCUCUGCAACAGCCAGUGUCAUGCAGCUUCUGUGGCAGUUGUACUCCCAGCCAGGUACCUUCCAGCCCAGCAAGGACCUGAGCAGUCUUGUACCCCGGCUGUGGCCGUUCUUCAGGCACAGCCUGUCUUCAGUUCGCCUUGCUGUGGUCCAGUGCUGUGAACAGCUCAUCCGAUGCAGUCCCCAGCAGGAUUCCUGGCUGGAGCCCCUCUUUGGGGACAUGCUGACGCUCACCUUUUGCAAUCUGCUGCUUGAGACACAUGAAAACGUGCUGAAUAGCAGCGACCGCGUAUGGCAGCUGCUGAUGCAGCAAAUGAGGGGAGCGCUCUUGCGUUCGUCGCUGCCCGCAUCUGUGAUCGGGGUCUAUUUUAGACUGGCGUCAACCCCCCUUGGCCAUGGGUAUGACGAGUGCCUGAUGCACCAGAUGCUUGAUCAUGUGGGCAAUGAGGGAAGAUCGGUAGAUCCAGGGGAUGAUGAUGAGGAUUUGCAGCCGCUGAAGAGGGCGCGGGUGGAGGCAUUCGAUGGGCAGAUCAAGGAGGCCCAGCAGCACGUGCUUGGUUCACAGUGGUCAGGGAAUGCAACGCAAAUGAGGCUUGCCACGGCACGUGCCUUGGGCCACCUGACUGUCAUGGCCAGCGAGCCUUGCAUGGGGGAAGUGUUGCGAUGUCUGGACAGCCCCAGUGCGACUGCAAGGAUGAUGGGAGGCCUGGUGGUGUGGCACUGGGUACAAGUUAUCAAGGAGGGCCACAGAACUGAUAUGAACUCUUCUGAAAGCAUGAAUCAGGCCCCUUCAAACAUCCCGCAGGCAGUGAUUUCUAGGCUUUACGGACUGUUGUCUGGGCUGACAGCUUCUGCCCCUGUCCAUGGCACUGAACCUUACUUGGAAGUGCAGGGAUACUACACAAAGCUCCGAGGGGAGCUUGGGGCCCUUCUCACCCAGUGUGACCAAUAUGGGGUCUCGGUACCCUGGCAGCUCACUUCGCCAAUCGAGAGCGCCCCUUUGGGUCCAAUCGUUGAAUUGACACAGUCCAUACAGUGUGACUCUUCUGUCCCUGGCAUCCCUAGCAUGCAGCAGCAGAUAUAUGCCAGCGCAAACACUGUGAUGAUGGCUCAGGAAUCGCUGCACAUGGCAACGACGGCCUGUGUGGCGGCAGCUGCGAUUCGUUGCGGCUCCCUCCCUGCGAAACUGAACUGUAUUAUCCAGCCCCUCAUGGGUGCCAUACGGAAGGAGCCUGAUGCACUGCUGCAGAAACUCUUUGCAGAGGCACUGGCAGAGUUGAUUAUAGUGUGCACAAAGAGGAAGCCCUCCCCAGCAAAGAUUCUUCGAAAUGUUUGCACGUUGGCAUGCGGGGACCCAAUGGAGGUCCCCAGUGUGUCGAUGGAUGAAAAUGACCAGGCGGACAAGCCAUGCACCAGUGAGGAGGUGUUGAGGGGAGUGCUGAGCAUCGAACCUGGAGUAGAUCAGAACUCGGCUGCCAUUCAGGGCGCCCGGAAUGCCCGACAUGGGGCCGAGGCCGUCCUGGUGGCUCUGGCAAAGUUGUUGAAAGAGGACCUCUUUCGGUCGCUCCCCCAGCUGUGGGAGCACAUGACAGCAGGGCUGAUGGGCGCAUUGGGCGAUGGCCCCAGGGACCAGGAGGUGGACGCCCAAGGAGUUGUCCAUUGUUUGCAGAUUUUGAAAGUGCUGGGCUCUGUGGCGGCACCCGAACUGCUGCCCCAGCUUGACGCAGUGCUGCGUGCUUCAAUUCAGUGCUGCCAACAUGAACAGCGAGCAGUGAGGCUGGCAUCAGCGAGGUGCUCUGCAGUAUUGGCUGGUGCCCACACGACGCAUAUGAUGCCACUCCUUCUGGAUCAGGUUAUACCCCUGCUCGGCAAAAUGUCCUGUGAUCGUGCAAGGGAGGGGGCAGUUGUGGUGGUCUACCAUCUUGUGAAGGAUCUGGGGCCCAAACUCGCAGCCUACUCAGUGCUGUUGGUGGUGCCGCUCAUGGGACGCAUGUGUGACGCCGUUGAGAACGUACGGCUUGUGGCGACGACCUGCUUUGGUUCCUUGGUGGGCCUCCUUCCAUUGGGCCAGGGCAUGGACCCACCCCCAGGGUUGAGCGAUGCCCAGCGCAAGGCCUGCAUUAAGGACAAGACGUUCCUUGCACAGCUGCUGGACAACAAGAAGGUGGACGACUAUGUGCUACCCUUGAAGAUCAAUGCUGAGCUGCGGCACUACCAGCAGGAGGGCAUUAACUGGCUGUCCUUCUUGCGCAAGUUUGGGCUGCAUGGCGUGCUGGCAGAUGACAUGGGCCUGGGGAAAACCCUGCAGGCUGCAGCUUCUGUUGCAGCUUCGGUAGUGGAAGACGAAUCAAACGGGGAUGGGGAGGCCUGCCAACUGCCAUCCCUGGUCGUGUGCCCAGCCACGCUGGUGCCGCACUGGGGUCAUGAGAUUGACCGAUUUGUGGGGGGCGAUGUGCUUCGAGCGCUACAGUACAUGGGGACGCCCUCAGAUAGGUGCAUGCUUCAGUCUCAGCUCCCACACUACAACGUCUUGAUCAUGUCUUAUGAGGCACUGCGGGCGGAUGUGCAAUGGGUGUCCAGCAUACGCUGGAACUACUGUGUGCUGGAUGAGGGACAUCUCAUCAAGAAUCCCAACACAAAGGUGGCCAUCGCAUGCAAGCAGGUGCUGGCCAAGAACAGGUUAAUUUUGAGCGGGACGCCCAUCCAGAACAACGUUCUUGAACUCUGGUCCUUGUUUGACUUCCUGAUGCCUGGCUUCCUUGGAGCAAAGAGGGAAUUCACUUCAAAAUACGGCCGGGCUGUCCAAGCUGCCAGGUACUCGAAGAAGGGCUCAGUAGAGGCGGAUGCCGGUCUCCUGGCCUUGGAUAGCCUGCAUAAGCAGGUUAUGCCCUUCAUCCUGAGGCGGACCAAGGACGAAGUGCUGGCUGACUUGCCCCCGAAGAUUAUACAGGACAUAUACUGCGACUUGUCUCCUCUCCAACGCCGCCUUUAUGAGGACUUCUCGCGGUCGCAGGCAUCCGAGGAGCUGGACGCGGCGAUCAAGAGCGGCGCCGGCCAGGGCGACAGGGCCCACAUGUUCCAGUCCCUACAGUACCUGCGCCGUCUGUGCGACCAUCCCCUCCUGGCACUGGACUGGUCCCUCCCCGAGCACCGCGACGCUGUGCGUGACGUCCUGGACGCGGACCUUGCCGACUGGCAGGCCGCGGAGGAGCGCCUGCACGCGGUCGCCGAGGCGCCGAAGCUCGCGGCCCUGCGGGAACUCCUGGCGCAGUGCGGCAUCCAGGGCUCCCCGGGCGCACAGGACCGCGGGCCGACGAACGGAUCCCUGGACGUCGACUGCGUGGACGACGCCACGCCGAUUCAUCGCAUGCUGGUCUUCGCGCAGCUGAUUCAAAUGCUGGACGUGGUCGAGCGGGACGUGCUGCAGGCGGGCGGUGUUGCCUACCUGAGGCUGGACGGGCGCAUGUCGCCGACGCAGAGGAUGCACGUGGUGCGGCGGUUCAACACGGACCCCACGAUCGGCGUGCUGCUGCUGACGACCAAGGUGGGCGGCCUGGGGCUCAACCUGACGGCCGCCGACACGGUGGUGUUCCUGGAGCAUGACUGGAACCCGAUGAACGACCUGCAGGCGAUGGACCGCGCGCACAGGCUGGGCCAGCGCCGCACGGUGAACGUGUACAGGAUCCUGACGCGGGGCACUCUGGAGGGGAAGAUCAUGGGCCUGCAGCAGUUUAAGUUGAGCGUGGCCAACGCUGUGGUCACGCAUGACAACACCAGCUUGGCGACCAUGGACACGGGCAAACUGCUGGACCUGUUUUCGUACACGCCGGACGGCGGGGGGCCCAGGCGAGGGCCAGGGGGAUCGGUCGAUGGCCAGGGGGGCGGCGCGAGGUCCAGGCCUCAGGGACCCGUCGUGGAGGGCUUCAAGGAACUGUGGGACGAGCGGCAGUAUGCGGAGGAGUUCGACCUGUCCAGCUUCGUGGGGAAGCUUGCUAGAAGGGAGUGA